ACCAAUCUUGAUCUUCUCCGUACUGACGUAUUCCACGUAUCUGGAGGCGUUAGAAGAGUCAGUUUUCAAAGCGUGAUGGAGAGGACCGAUCAGAACCACGCUAGGGGUAUAUGCUUCGUGGUUUAUCUCACGCAGAGAAGUGGGAACCAUGUGAAUACAACAAUAAUUUAUAUGAGAUGGAAGCUUCCACUGGCGGGUAUUGUCAAGCUGCUGACAUUUAACUGAUCUGGUGAGGAGCGUAUAUGUAUUCUCACUCGGUAUAAAAGACGAUGAACCAGUCAUUAAAGAAGACAUCAAAAGCAUGCCUUGAGCAGAUCUGUUAUGGAGCGGGGGAGUAAAGUUUCAGGCAGUACAAGAAAGUAUGUCCAUCAAAGUGAGAUUUGAAAACAACAUCUUGAUGAUUCCCAUCCUAUGUGUGGAUGAUCAAUUUGAGGUGACUUUUCGAAACUUGGUUGCACUAGAGCAGUGCUCUUACGCUCAUGAGCCUUACGUGUAUAGCUAUUUAGCGUUUAUUGACUUUCUCACUGACAAAGACACUAAUUUGCUGGCUGAAAGAGGUAUUAUCACCAAUUGGGUUGGGAAGACAAGUUUGGUGGCAGACACGGUGAACAAGUUACGACGCAGCGUCUAUGUGGAUUCAGCUUCAUGGUAUUCAGGCAUUGCUAAUCGAUUGAAUGCUUACCACAAGAACCACUACAACAAAACUUGUGCUAUUUUGAAACGUAAUUACUUUGGUAAUUUGUGGACCGGGACAGCCACGGUUGCAGCAAUUCUUCUAUUGAUUUUAACAGCCGCUCAGACGUGGUUCUCAUAUUACAAAAUGAAACAGUCGAAUGAUGAUGGCCAAGUCCAACCCAAACAUGGCUAGCUACAAUGCGAGGACUAGUAUCAAGUACAGCGAGCUUAGGCACAUGGAUCUGUGAUUUGGCUAGUACCUAGUCCUAGUUUCUAUUUCCAUCCUUAGAAACUUCAUUCGUAUGUGUAACAGUGGGAGAUUGGUUUUUGCCCUUUUGCUCUUCAUUCUGCUUUUGUCAUUUUCCAUCCCAUGUAACUUGUUUGUAUUUCUCUGAUACUGGAGUUUGGUUUUGUUUCUUUGUGUUGCGUUUGUUUAAACUAUGUUUAUUUGGUUUCAGUUUUUGUCUC